AUGAAGGCCGAGGACAUCAUCGCCACCGUGCUUCUCAGCUUGGACCUGUGCAAAGGCAACGUCGCCCAGUUCAAGCAGAUGGUGCUCCGGCUGGAGUACUCGCCGAUGCGUGGUAACUUCAGCCGGACCCUAGUGUGGAAAGUGUGCCUCAUCACCGAUCUGCUUGAUAUCAAAACCUGGGAAAGCAAGCUCGGCGAUACGCGAGUGGUGUGGCACGAGCUUUCGACACGAGCCGACUUGGUGGUGCCGUGGCACCGACUACCGUCCGAUUCGACGUUCUAUAUCGAUAAGUUCCGCACCCCAGUGAAGAGGAACCCGUCGACGAUGAAAAUGGGUAAAACCAACUUGACGCGAGUGCUGUGUGACUCUGAUCCGUUGCUGUUAUCACGAAGUCCCUCUCCUGGCCCUAAAUUACGAUUUUCUGAUGAGGAUGUCGACCUAUUGCUGACGAUUAUUGUUGAUAUCGAUCGGCUUUUCCCAGGGGUACCGUUUUUCAAUCUGGAAGGGAGUAUCAAGUAUAAACGGAUGCUUAUCCAUUUACUCUACGUGUGGCUGAAAUGUAACUCAAACGUCGGUUACAAACAGGGGUUUCACGAGGUGAUGGGGUUGAUUUUGGUGAAUCUAUACCGUGAACUGGUGGAGGUGCCACUUGAUAAAGUCACGGGGAAUGACCGCAAAAUUCUCUCGAUGUAUAACCGCAAAUACUUGGCUCAUGACGUGUUUACCUGUUUCAAUCGGUUCGUCGUCGAGGGGGGUAUCAUCGGCCUGUACUACGAACUGGAACCAGCAUUAUGGCAAGCAAUCGACAAAUUUAAUGUCCAGCUUAUGAAAGUGGACCAAGUGAUCCAUUACCACUUGAUUUCCAAACUAAAACUUGAGUCUCAGCUUUGGAUCAUUAGAUUCUUCCGGCUAUUGCUUCUUCGUGAAGUAGGCGAACUCGCUACGGCUCUGCUGGUAUGGGACCGAAUGAUUGCUGCCAAACUGUUAGGUGCCAGUCUUCCUGAUCUUAUCAAUUUCAUGGUGAUCUCUCUUUUAAUUCAAGUGAAGACUCAAUUGGUGGUAGGAGAUUUCAGUGAACUGCUUUCGCUUCUCCUCCACUACCCCAUCGAACAGAGAACUCUGCCUCCUCAUAGUCGCUAUGAAUUCGUCCACAAUUUGAUCAGCGAUGGCUACACUCUCUACCAAGUGCGAGACGAUGAUCUUGCCCUUUACGAGACGGGGAAUAAGCUCAACGCUAAACAUAAUCCCGACCUCAAAAUCACUAUGAGCUACGGUUCUUCCUCUCCUAAAAAUGACCAGCUCCAGUUUGAAAAGACCCGCCUUGAGAUGAGAUUAAAGAAAAAGGCUCAGGCGAUGACCAAGCCCCAAUAG